AUGACAACGAGAAAAGCCAGCAAUGUGGCGGACAUGGUGACUACCUCCACCACCGCCAACCACCAGCACCAGAACCAGCAGAGGAGCCGGAGUCCCAGCAGCUACGGCAGCGGGGUUCCUGCGUCCGAGGCGGCGGCAGCGGCGGCCGGAGGGGCGGAGAUGUUCGGAGAAUUUCAGGACUGGUGCCUGCGGACGUACGGGGACUCCGGGAAGACCAAGACCGUGACCCGGCGCAAAUACAACAAAAUCCUCCAGACCCUGCUCCAGGGGGACGAGGAGAACAGCAACGGGGUGUUCCUGCACGAGAAAAGCAACAACCAUAUCAACGCCAAAUUUAAAUUCUGGGUCAAGUCCAAGGGCUUCCAGAUUGGGACCCUGCAGGACGGCAAGAACGGCUCGUCGGACAGACCGGUGCUGUACGUCCCCAUCAAGGCGACGUGUGUGGACAGUGUGUCCGGGGUCGACUCGUCCCUGAAGCGCGUGGCAGUGGUGGAGGAUUUCUUCGACAUCAUCUACGCCAUGCAUGUGGAGAUCAGCACGGAUCCAGGCAAAGCACCAAAACACGCCGGCCAGAAGAAAACCUACAAAGCUAUAGCAGAGACGUACGCCUUCCUGCCCAGAGAGGCGGUGACUCAUUUCCUGAUGAGCUGUGGAGAGUGUCAGAAGAGGAUGCACAUCAGCACCACAGGACAGGACUACAAAGAGAACGACAGACCGAGCUCUCUGGUGUCGGAGGUGAUAGACUACAACAUGCCUCUCACCACCACCUACAUGAAACAGAUGAAGCUGCAGUGCAUGAGCAACAACAAGGUACGUGAAGAUGACAGUUCACUGAGCAGCGAGGAGGAGGCAGAGAUGAGCGAGCCCACAUGGCUAGCAGCUGAUCUGGGAGCAGCGUCUGACCUGAGCCCGCCGAGUCGAGGAGAGAGGAUGCGCCAGAGUCCCCAGAACACACACAGCAAGGAGGACGACGAUGAUUCAUCAUCAGAGAGCGGCAGUGGGAAUGGCCUGCCUGCGCUGACCCCUCCAUCCUCCGCUGUGAUGGACGGAACAAUCGUCAGGGAAACUGAGGUCGUCAAUGGCAAUGGUGGCCCUGCCCCGCUUGACUUCAGCACGCCGACCUCCUCUUCCUCGUCGUCCGAGGACCAGCAGCCGAUCAACCUAAGCGACCCGCCUCCGAAGCGCCUGCCCCUGUCCACUUCUCACCUGCCCGUCACCGUGUCAGCGGCGGCUGCGGCGCUGCUCGGCGCUCUGCAUCCCAGUGCGCCUGAGGAGCUCCGCAGGAAGUACCCGCUGGCUGCCAAACCUCCCCUGGCUCCACACCCAGCCCUGCCUCUGCCUCUGCCGCACACACACACUCCUCACUCACAUAACGCACACACUCCCAACACACACUCCCAGUCCCAUGCACACACUGCCGAGCUGCGACUGGACCGAGACAGCAGGGACUACGGGGGCAAGUCCCCGCAGUACAGUUCAGGCGGCAGCUACGACAGCGUGAAGAUGGACUUGAGUGCCGAAGACCUGACCAUGGUGCGUCACGGCACCCAGGUCGCCCCCGACGAUGAUGACGACGACCACGACGACCAUGAUGACAAUGAUAAGAUCAACGACACAGAGGGAGUCGAUCCCGAGAGACUAAAGGCCUUCAAUAUGUUUGUGCGUCUGUUUGUGGACGAGAACUUGGAUCGAAUGGUACCCAUCUCCAAACAGCCCAAGGAGAAGAUCCAGGCCAUCAUCGAGUCCUGCAGCAGACAGUUCCCAGAGUUCCAGGAACGCGCUCGCAAGCGCAUCCGCACCUACCUCAAAUCCUGCCGACGCAUGAAGAAGAAUGGCAUGGAGACCCGUCCUACUCCACCUCACCUCACCUCAGCCAUGGCUGAGAACAUCCUGGCUGCCGCCUGCGAGAGUGAAUCACGCAACGCCGCAAAAAGGAUGCGCCUCGAAGCCUAUCACGAUGAGCAGAUCUCUCUGGACAAGACGUCCAGCGGUGGAGGAGGUCUGAGGGAGCCGGCGUCCCUCGCUCACUCUGCCUACUCCCUGGCCGCAUCAGCCUUCUCCUCCCAGGACACCCAGCUCUACAUCAACGGAGCCGGCCUCAGCUACGGUUACCGUGGAUACCCGGGCCUGGGCGCUGCCAUGCAACACCCCGUUUCCCUGACGACUGGCGCUGCUGCUCAGAGCAACGGUCCCACAGACCUCAGCAUGAAGUCCCUCUCCUCUGCCAACAUCAGUAACUCCUCCUCCUCCGCCACCACCAACAGCUUGGGUGGGCGGGGCAGCGGGGGCGGCGGCGGAGGCGGGGCAUCAACCCAGCUCAGCCAACCAGAGAUCACGGCCGUGCGUCAGCUGAUUGCCGGCUACCGGGAGUCAGCCGCCUUCUUGCUGCGCUCAGCCGAUGAGCUGGAGAACCUCAUCCUGCAGCAGAACUGA